AUGGAUGAAAGAAAUGAAAGUGAUAAAAUGGAGGAAAUAGUGCUUCCAGGGUUCAGGUUUCAUCCAACUGAUGAAGAGCUUGUAGGGUUUUAUCUUAAAAGAAAGGUUCAACACCAAUCUCUCUCAAUGGAGCUUAUUAAGCAACUAGACAUUUACAAAUAUGAUCCAUGGGAUCUUCCAAAACUGGCGACCACCGGCGAGAAAGAGUGGUAUUUCUACUGUCCUAGGGAUAGAAAAUACAGAAACAGUGCAAGGCCGAACCGAGUAACCGGAGCUGGGUUUUGGAAAGCCACUGGAACCGACCGCCCCAUAUAUUCCUCAGAAGGCAGCAAAUGCAUUGGGUUGAAGAAAUCUCUUGUUUUCUAUAAAGGCAGAGCAGCCAAAGGGGUGAAAACUGAUUGGAUGAUGCACGAGUUUAGGUUGCCUUCGCACGCUGACCCAGUUCCUCCCAAGAGAUUAUUGGACAAAACCAUUCCUGCCAAUGAUUCAUGGGCGAUAUGCAGGAUAUUCAAGAAGACCAACACCACAGCUCAUAGAGCUUUUUCUAAUUCCUGGGUUUCUCCGACACCUGAAACAUCGUCGGUAUCUGAUAUGCCUAACGUACCCUUGUCAGGAAAAACCAGUUUAAACCUUAAUAUUGACCUAUUACAGACAUCUAAUGGUGUGUUUCCCACUUUGGACUUUGUCCCCAUCACUCAAAUGUCAAAUGGAGACCUCACCAGCGUUAUUACAUCUCUUGACCAUACUCCAAUAGCUUCCAAACCUGCUGUUGAUGUUACUUCGAUGCUGCUAAACAUGUCAUCUUCCAUGCUCGAAGAUCAUUACUGUAAGGCCUCAGGUGGUUUACAUUUUGGCCUGGGAUACUCGAGAACGACGGCUUUGCCACACGAGAUGCAAGGGAACAACAUGAUGAGUCACCAAAGCUCCUUAGUUAAAAGCUUGAAUGUCAGCCAUGGCGAUAAUCACCACUGGGACCAUCGAUCCAUUGAGAUUCCGUUUAGUUUGCCUUUGCCUAUGAACAGUAUGGGGGAUGUUUGGAAGCCAAGCUUAGGUUGGGAUUCUUCAUGUCCUACUGAGAUGUCAACAACUUUUUGCUCCACCAAGUGUUAUACUUGA